CGGCCGUCUUUCUUCGUCGCGAGCAGCCGCGACGUGAGAUGACCCGGGCGCCAUGGCCGACCCCUCGCUCCGUCCGGCAGGCCACGGAGCUCCACGCCCUCCUCACCGCGUCCGGCCGCCUCCUCCACCAGCCCUCCGCCGCGCACCUCCUCAACUCCCUCGCCAGCUGCAUUUCCCCCGGCGACCCGCUCCACCUCCGCUACGCGCUCAGCCUGUUCGACCGAAUGCCCUGCUCCACCUUCCUCUUCGACACCGCGCUCCGCGCCUGCUUCCGCGCCUCCUCGGGACCUGAGCACCCGUUCCUCCUCUACCAGCGUAUGCGCCGCGGGGGCGUGCCCCCCGACGCCUUCACGUUCCACUUCCUCUUCAAGUGCUGCUCCCGCGGCCGCGCGCAGGUCCUCCUGUGCCGGAUGCUGCACGCCGCGUGCUUCCGUACCAUGCUUCCCUCCGCCGUGCCGCUCAUUGCGAGCCCUCUCAUCCAUAUGUACGCUGGGCUUGAGCUCCCCGGCGAUGCCCGCCGGGCUUUCGACGAGGCUUCUGUGAAGGACGCGGUUGCUUGGACGACGGUCAUCAGUGGGCUGGCCAAGACGGGGCUGCUUGAUGAUGCGCGGCGCCUUCUGGCGCGGGCUCCAACGAGGAACGUGGUCGCUUGGACUGGUUUGAUUUCGGGGUACUCGCGUGCUGGUCGGGCUGCUGAGGCUGUGGAUUGCUUCAACCGCAUGCUUUCUGAUGGCAUUGCACCGGAUGAGGUUACCGUGAUUGGCGUGCUCCCGGCAUGUGCUCAGCUGAAGGAUUUGGAUUUUGGACGCUCACUGCACAUGCUGGUUGGGGACAAGAGGAUGUUGAUGAGUAACAAACUUGUAGUUGCGCUCAUCGACAUGUAUGCCAAGUGUGGUGACAUUGCCUGUGCAAGGGAGGUUUUUGAUGCUUUAGGUAGGGGCCGAGGACCCCAGCCAUGGAAUGCUAUGAUUGAUGGAUACUGCAAGGUAGGCCAUGUUGACAUUGCACGCUCUCUGUUUGAUCAGAUGGCGGACCAUGACAUCAUCACAUUUAACUCGUUGAUCACUGGGUACAUCCAUGGUGGCCGGCUUAGAGAAGCGCUACUUCUUUUCACAAAGAUGAGGAGACAUGGUUUGCGUGCUGAUAAUUUUACCAUGGUGGGCCUUCUAACUGCUUCAGCAAGUUUAGGUGCAUUGCCACAGGGCAGGGCCUUGCACGCUUGCAUUGAGCAGAGGCUGGUGGAAAGAGAUGUUUACCUUGGUACUGCACUCUUGGACAUGUACAUGAAGUGUGGGAGGGUGGAAGAGGCGACUGUUGUUUUCAAACAGAUGAGUGUGAGAGAUGUUCACACUUGGAGCGCCAUGAUUGGAGGUCUCGCAUUCAAUGGGAUGGGUAUGGCUGCUCUGGAGCACUUCUUCUGGAUGAAGUGUGAUGGCUUUCAUGCCAAUUCAGUUACAUACAUUGCUGUUUUGACUGCAUGUAGUCAUUCAUGCCUACUGGAUGAAGGCCGUCUGUAUUUCGACGAGAUGAGAUUGGUGCACAAUGUACGCCCCCAAAUUGAGCACUAUGGCUGCAUGAUAGAUUUGCUGGGCCGCAGUGGACUUCUGGAUGAAGCUAUGGAUCUUGUGCGGACCAUGCCAAUGCAGCCAAAUGCUGUGAUAUGGGGCUCCAUCUUGAGUGCUUGUAGAGUCUACAAGAACGUCGAUCUAGCUCAAAAUGCUGCAGAUCAUCUUCUGAAGCUAGAGCCAGCUGAGGAUGCUGUCUAUGUCCAGAUGUAUAACAUUUACAUUGAUUCUAGACAAUGGGAAGAUGCAUCAAAAAUAAGGAGAUUGAUGGAAGAAAGGGGUGUGAAGAAGACUGCCGGUUACAGCUCGAUUGCCGUGGCUGGGGAGGUGCAUAAGUUUGUAGUUGGUGACCGAUCACAUCCACGCAGAAUGGAGAUUAUUGUAAUGUUGGAGGAGAUUAGACGCAGUUUAAAGUCAGUAGGAUAUUCACCUAUCACGUCGCAGAUAACAGUGGAUGUCGAUGAGGAAGAGAAAGAACAGGCACUUUUAGCACACAGUGAGAAAUUGGCCAUUGCAUUUGGCCUCAUUAGUCUAGCACCAAACCUACCGGUUCAUAUCAUAAAGAAUCUCCGGGUCUGUGAGGACUGCCACUCUGCAAUCAAGUUGAUCUCAAGGCUUUGGAACCGGGAAAUCAUUGUUAGAGACCGGAGUCGGUUCCAUCACUUCAGGGGUGGAGCAUGUUCUUGCAAUGAUUUUUGGUGAUUAACGCUUUGUAAGGCGCUGGUCCUGGUGUAAAGCUUGAAGGAUGAGGAAACACUAAAACAUAAUACUAUUUCUUCUUCAGAUUAGCUUUCAGGUCGUGAUUCCCAGUUGCCAAAGGUAUCCUCUGUUCUCUUCGAUGUGCCAUUUGAGUUAGAGAGAUUACUCAUGUUCAUCCUCUGAGAGCAAUGGCUACUUUAUCAGGAAAAGAAGGUCAGUUGUGUCACACUGAUGAAUACCAGUUGGCUCACUGGAAAUGAGCUCCUCUUCACACGAUAACAUUCAGCACACACAUAGUCCAGGUGGAGAUCGAACUGAUGGAAGUGAAUGGUAUCCAUGUUCUUCUCGUGUAAUCUGCAUGGCUGCCCUUGUUUCCUAAGCUGCAGUUUCUGUGACCUGUUGCCAUGUUAAUGAACAGGCCAGCCCAGUAACACCGAGGGGUUGAAAAUGUAGACAAAGGAGGUGGCGCAUCCAUGGCACCCUGCAGCCGUGGUUCCAUGCUCCAUGCUCAGUGAGGCCAAGUGGAAUUCCUAUGGCUUCCUUUGUUCCAAGGUCUGGAAUUCAGUUUUGUGGAGCUACGAAGCACAUGAUGAAAAUGUGCUGGGAAAGAGAGCUGCAAACAUGCUGAUAGAUGCUGGGAGAAGGAAAAAGGAGUGGUACCCAGGAGGAACUAGUCAUCAAUAUUAUUAAGGUAGAGCUGUGGAUCGAACCGAGGCUGGCUAACCCAUCGACCAUGGUGCAAACCAGCAAGCCCCUGCCCCCUGGGUGACUUCUCUAGAUGUUGGGGAAACAUCCAGACACCAUUUUGCAGGUAUCAAACUUCUUUUACGAUGUUGUGGACAAGAAAAAUAAGUGCUGCAAGGAUGAAAGAGAUGCCAUGUGGGCAAAGAAGCCAAUAAGUGAAGGAAACUAUCGUCUGCUUCAGAUUGGGUUGCUGAAGUAAAUGAAAAAAGGUGACUACCGCUUUGAGCUGAGCUGUUGAGGGAGGCACAAGUUGAAUGGGCUUGGUAGUGCAGGGAAGGGAAUCAGAUGGAGCAUUUCAGUGUGGCGGGGUAUGCAGGAGGAUGGAUACAUCGCAGCAUGGCUGGCAAGUCCAUUGCAAAAACUGGUGUGUCUGAAACACAUAUAAUGCGCCUUUUGUAUAUGUUUUAGUGAAAGGCUAUAUUUUAUU